UAAUAAAAUCUUUCUCUCCAUGAGGUUGGAUGUUGACCCCAAACCUCGAAAAAAUAUUACGUCCGGAGUUCAGGCGCGAGCUGCGUCCGAACAACGGAAGUGAUACAGCAAAUGUUAGUGCUCUCGCUCCGCCCUGCUGUACCACGUCCGUUGCUCGGACCCAUAUCUGCAUCCGGACUUUGAACAAUAUAUUUUUUUCCUAAACCUAGCCUUCAAUUACCAACCCUCAGAAAAAACUAUAAAAUGCACAAAUUAAGCAUCCCUGAGCUCCACUCCAGUCGAAACCUUGAACAACCAGCACUCAUGGCACCCUCCUCUGCUCUCUUAACCCUCCCAUCUCUCCUCUUUGCCUUCCUCCUCCUCCUCCUCCUCCUCCUCCUCCUCUCUCCAACCGUUUCCUCCAUUCCUCCGCCUGAAAUUCUCUACCCUAAACAAGCCGUCCCCACAAAAUCCGGCUACCUCCCCACCAACUCAUCCUCCUCCUCCCUCUUCUUCGCCUUCUACGAAGCCCAAAAACCCCUCACCUCCCCCUCCUCCACCCCCAUUAUCCUCUGGCUCCAAGGCGGCCCCGGUUGCUCCUCCAUGAUCGGCCAUCUCUUUGAAUUCGGCCCUUACCUCCUCUCCUCCCACCUCCACCUCCUUCCCAAUCCCUUCACAUGGAACCGCCGCUUCGCCCUCCUCUUCAUCGACAGCCCCAUCGCAGCUGGUUUCAGCCACUCUUCCUCUCCUAUUCCCCGCGACCAAAACUCCAUCGCCUCCAACCUUUACUCUGCUCUUCAAUCCUUCCUCUCCUCCCAACCCCCUUUCUUCCGCUCCCGCCCCCUCUUCCUCUCCGGCCAAAGCUACGGCGGCAAGUUCGUCGUCUCCUCUGCUCGCCACAUCCUCCUGCAAAACCAAAACCCCAUAGUCCCCCCCUCCCUUCGGAUUAACCUCGCUGGAAUCUCCAUCGGCAAUGGCAUGAUUCAUCCGGUCGUCCAAAUUCGCGUCCAUGCCGCUGCGGCCUAUUCCUUCGGCCUCAUCAAUGAACGUCAGCGCGCCAAGCUUGAGAAGAUGCAGGAAAUUAAAUCUUAUUUCUUGCGGGACUGCACCUAAAAAUAAAUAAAAAAAAAGGAUCCUAAUGA